AUGACGGACGUCCGUACCCACCUGAGCCGUCUCGACAAACCCCUGCAAUACGCCACGCGCAAUGACUUCGCCAACUUGUCCAAGUUGCGUGAACUGGAACCGUUCGUCAAGCACCAGAUCCAGGCUAUGCAGUCAUUGCCGCUGCCAGCCUCGAUGCCCGCUCUGUUGACGCAACUGGCGGAAACGGUUGUGGGAUUCGACGACCUGACAUUGACCGAGAAACGGCCGCGCGCGCAGCAAGCCGCGCAGAUUCUUUCCCGCCUGCACGCCUUGUCGGACCGUGCCGACGCUCCGCCAGCCCCCGUUCCGCCGCCCAAACCAACCGCCACACCCACGCCGGCACCCGCCGCCGUUUCCGAGGAUCCCCUGGCCCAGCCAGUACAAUUCAUGCGCGGCGUCGGGCCGCGCCGCGCCGCCCUGCUUGGCAAACUCUCCCUGCACACCGUAGGCGAUCUACUGUGGUGCCUGCCCGUGCGCUACGAAGACCGCCGCAACAUUACCCCCCUGGGCAUGCUGCAGGCCGGCACCCGGCGGACGUUCUGCGGCACGGUAACGGCCUUCCAACUGCACCCCACGUCACGCGGCAAGUCCUUUGCGACCCUGCGCCUGGAGGAUUCCAGCGCUCCACUCACCUGCAAAUGGUUCCAGCACCGCGGCCUUGCCCUGCAAGAGCGCUUUCCCAUCGGCGCGCGUGUGGUCGGCAACGGCCUCAUCGCCUUCAAUCGCUAUGACGGCAACCGUGAAGUGGUUCAUCCCGACCUCGAAACGCUGGAAGCCGAUGAUACCGAGCUGGUUCACUUUGGCCGUCUGGUGCCGAUUUACCCGCUCACCGCCGGGCUGACCCAGAAGAACAUGCGGAGCCUGAUGCACAACACCGUGGAGACCUUCGUGCCGCUGAUCCGCGAGACGCUGCCGCAAUCGGUCUGCACCGCUCACCGGCUGCCCGUCUUGGAGCAAGCCAUGCGCGGGGUGCAUUUCCCGGACGACAACAGCGACCUUGCAGCCCUCAAUGAGCAGCGGACCGCCUUUCACACUCGCUUGGUAUUCGAGGAAUUCUUUCUGCUCGAGCUCGGCCUGGCCAUCCGCCACCGCGAGGUCCGCAACACACGCCGCGAUAAACACUACGACCGGCCGAACCACCUCGGCGAUGCGCUGCUAAAACAUUUACCGUUUCAACUCACCGUCGCCCAGCAGCGCGUGCUGGACGAAAUUCUCACCGACAUGCAUCGGCCCUUCCCCACGAACCGCCUCAUCCAGGGCGACGUCGGCAGCGGCAAGACCAUCGUCGCUCUGCUCGCCAUGCUGCUGGCAGUGUCCAACGGCCAGCAAGCCGCCCUCAUGGCGCCGACGGAAAUCCUGGCGGAGCAACACCUGGCAACGCUGCGCGCCCUGUUACAGCAUCUGGACCUCGAGGUGGCGCUGCUCACCGGCACGGUCAAAGGCCGUAGCCGCCAAAAACUGCUUCAGCGCAUCGCCGAUGGCGAGGUAUCCGUGUUGGUCGGCACCCACGCCCUGUUGUACGAGAACGUCCAGUUCCACGGCCUCGGCAUGAUCGUCGUGGACGAGCAGCACCGCUUCGGCGUCAUGCAGCGUGCCGGCCUGCGACAGAAGGGCCUCCGGCCCGACGUGCUGGUGAUGACGGCCACGCCAAUUCCGAGAACCCUGGCCAUGACCCUGUACGGCGACCUCGAUCUGUCCAUCCUCGACGAGUUGCCCCCUGGCCGCCUGCCGGCCAAAACCGUCGACAAAGGCCACCAAGCCUACAUCGUCUACCCGCUCAUCGAGGAAUCCGAAAGCCUCGACCUCGGCGCCGCCGCGGCCAUGGCCGAGCACCUGCGGCAUGCGGUGUUCCCGGAAUACGAGGUCGGCCUGCUGCACGGACGCCUGGCCGCCGAGGAACGGGACGCCGUCAUGCGGGCGUUUGUGGAAGGGCGGCUACACAUUCUGGUGUCCACCACUGUCAUCGAGGUCGGCGUCGAUGUCGCCAACGCCACCGUCAUGCUGAUUGAAAACGCCGAACGGUUCGGCCUGGCGCAACUCCAUCAGUUACGCGGCCGCGUCGGGCGGGGCACCGCGCGCGCCACCUGCCUGCUGCUGCCGGGCCAAAAACUCAGCCGCGAAAGCCGCCAGCGGUUGAAGGUCAUGCAGGAAAGCACGGAUGGGUUUUACGUGGCCGAGCAGGAUUUGCAGAUUCGCGGGCCGGGGGAAUUACUGGGGACGAAACAGUCGGGACUGCCGGAAUUGCGCGUCGGCAAUAUCCUGCAUCACGGCGUGUGGUUGGAACGAGCGCGGCAGUCGGCGUUCACGUUGCUCGACGAGGACCCCCACUUGAGCCGGGAGGAGCAUCGCGCCUUGUUGCAAGCCGUACAAACCCGCUGGGGCCGUCAGUUUGAAUUGGCGACGGUCGGUUAG